CAACAAACAAUAUUCAGAUUUUCAUAAGCGUCAGUAAACGUCUUUUGAUAGACAGUAUAAACACCGUGAAUUAUAAUGCUUUUGAUUUUGCUUACGUUCUUGUUGAUUACAGGAGAAUCGUACGGAACAGAGUGUAUACAUUGUACAGACAUGGUGUUAAAUAGUUCCUCUAUCCCUUCUGAAAUGAAAGUUGUACUAGAAGUAUACAGAUCACCAAACUGUGAAAAUGCACACACAGCCAAGAUUUCCUCAGGAAUAACAUUGAGGAAUUGCUCAGAAGCUGUAGAUGUAGGACAAGCAAGCAAAUGUGGACGACUGGUUGGAUCAAUAUUGUUGUCGAGUGGUCAAUCUGAAAACAAAUUAGAAUUACCAAUUUACUUUCACAUCAGAGGAUGUUUCGUCGUAGAGCUGUCAUUGGGAGGAGGUUGUUACCGAAACCACCGAUUUAUUGAUCAGUAUAAAGAUUAUUUGUCGAAAUACUUAGAAAGAAUUGGUACCGUGCAACUUGGCGAUUUUAAUGGUGUUCUCUGUAUUAAUGGAGCUAACAACGUUGAUCCGUGGAAAACUAACCUAGCAAUAAGGCAUAAUCAUUGCUGGGUGACUUUUAUUGUAUUUUUUAUGGUUUAUUGUUUAUUAUAGACAAAACAAAACACAUAAUUAUCUUGAA